UCCUCUACUCCAGCAAACGAUCAUUUAUGUCACAACAUAUGGUGGUGAACAUAGCAAUGGGUCCAUUUGAUAAGGUUCUCACCGAGGACAACAUCUUCGUGAACCUGCGGAAAAUGGAAUAUGCGGUACGCGGGUCACUGUAUAUCAGGGCGAUGGAGAUUGAGAAGGAGUUACAGAAAGGCGUCAAGAAACCUUUAGGUAAUCCGAAAGCAUGUCGAAAACUACAUCCAACAACGCGACGGCGAUAUUCCUUACGACUACCGUACACGCGGAUUUUAAGUUUUGCUACUAGUAGUAGUAAUAGUACUAGUAGUAGUAGCAGUAACAGUAGCAGUAGCAGUAGCAGCAGUAGUAGCAGUAGCAGUAGCAGUAGCGGUAACAGUAGAAGUAGCAGUAGCAGUAGUAAUAGUAGCAAUAGUAGUAGUAGUAGUAGUAUUAAGUCUGAAUUUCCUCUUCAGUCAUUCCUGAACCUGUUCAACAAAAUAAUAGAUAACAAAUCAUCUGGUGUGCUACUUCCGAUUCCGCAAUAUCCUCUGUACUCGGCGACCUUGGCGGAAUUUGGUCUCGCGCAAAUCGGAUACUAUCUCGACGAAGACAACAAGUGGUCGCUGGAAAUUAAUGAGUUGCAACGAGUAUUUGAUGAGACCAAAGGCACGUGCAAUCCACGGGUAUUGGUGAUGAUCAAGCCUGGUAACCCAACCGGCCAAGUACUUACCCGCGAAAACAUCGAAAAUAUCAUACGCUUCGCCCACAAGAAUCACCUGUUUCUGUUAGCGGACGAAGUUUACCAGGACAAUGUAUAUGAUAAAGACAGCGCAUUUUAUUUCUUCAAGAAAGUUGUGACGAAAAUGGGCGAGCCGUAUUCCAAAAUAGAGCUUGCGUCGUUUAUGUCUAUCUCGAAAGGAUGUAUAGGCGAGUGCGAGAUUCGCGGUGGAUAUGCCGAGAUCAUCAACAUGGAUCCGAAGGUGAUGAAGGUUUUGUUGAAAUCAAUUUCCACGAUGCUGUGUCCGAGCGUGCUCAGCCAAGUCGUGAUGGAUGUCGUGGUGAAUCAGCCGCAGCCAAACGAGCCAUCGUAUGAAAAAUUUCAGAAAGAGAGGAAAGAAAUCCUGCAGUCUCUGACGGAAAAAUCGCAGCUAGUUGUCGAUAUAAUCAACAAUAUUCCGGGAUACAAGGCCAAUCCAGCAAUGGGUGCAAUGUACGUGUUCCCACGCUUUGACCUGCCACCGAAGGCGAUCGAGACGGCGCGAGCGAAAGGCCAAGAACCGGACUUCUACACAUUCAAGUUGCUAGAAAACACUGGAAUCUACUUGAAUCCUGGCUUGAGUUUGCGUCAAAAAUCCGGCACAUAUCACUUCCGAACUACAAUAUUGCCGCAAAAAGAAAAAAUAAAGACGAUGCUCGAAGCAUUAAAAAAAUUUCACAUUAAAUUUCUCAAGGAAUACAGCUGAAUCCUUAUUCGGUAAACUCUCGGUAGAGAAAGUGAUCAUUACGAAGGCAUGGAUUAAUGGAGGAACGAUUGUCUAGCGAAUUGUAUGUAAGUAUAAUUUAUCCAUGCGUGUGGCGAACAAUAAAAUAUAUUUUUAUUGUUAUUAGUAAGUCAUUAUUGAAAAUUACUGUUAUAGUUGUUAUUAAAUUGUAUGUAGAGCGAUAAAUAUCAAAAUUUAUUAAAUGUAAAUCACAUUGUUUUUUCAAU